AUGUCAAACGCAAAGUAUAUGUCUGUGGCAGUGAGGGAAAACUACGAUGAUCUUGGUCCCAACAACACUGCUCUUGCCCUUAUAGAUGAUAACGGCGAUCUUAUGUCUAACCCAAAGAAGAGUUCUACAAUUUCAUCAUUGGAGAACCAGCGUCUUCAUCACGACACCCCUAUUACUUAUCAUGUCGUGAAGGUGAACCAAUCUGACUCUAAUGUGCGUAAUAGAAUAAAAAGAAAGUUGGAGGAAAUUGAAGGAGCACAUUCAGUCUCAGCGAAGCUUUAUGAAAGGGGAGGAAAUAGGUAUGGUGCCAAGAUAACAGUUUGUGGCGAUCAUGUAGAUCCAGUCACAAUCAUUCAGACAAUACUUACGGAUGCAGAGAUUUUGUCCUACAAAAUAGAAAAGAACCCUUGUGAUGAAGCCUUUAACAACCAUAUUCAGAAUGAAAGACCUGCCGAGGACUUGAAAAUUCUCUAUUCUAAGAUCCCUUAUGUUGUGAAGGUCGUUAACCUGUGUUGUUCGGAACGCCUUAACAGAAUAAAGAGAGAGUUGAACAAAACUGACGGAAUAAAUUGCGUGACAGUAGAUCAUGAUCAUUGGAGGAUAGCAGUUUCUGGUGAUCAUGUAGAUCCGGCCACACUGGUAAAGACAAUAGAAAAGUAUGCACAGAUUAAGCCCCACAGAAAUGCCAAGGACAAACCUGUUGCUGCAGCAGCACAAGGAUUCAAAAACAAGAAAAACUUCCAAUUUGAGGUUCCAAGUCAUUGGAUUGCUUAUUAUUUUGAGGCGAUACAGAAAAAUUUGUUGCAGGAAAUAAAUGGAAUAAAAUCCAUCACCAUGAAUGCAUGCAAACGCACGAUAGCAGUUUGUGGUGAUAUUGUAGACCCAGCCACAGUCAUAGAGACAAUAUCAAGGGUUUGUAAGGCACGUCGUACAGAGCUUGUGUCCUACGACAAGAAGAAUUCAAAUCUUGCACAAGGUCGAACGAUCAAGAAUAAUGAUCACUUCAUUCAAAACGACACAAAAUUAUCCCCUAAUUAUAACAAGGAUGCCAUUGUUCCUGCGUCAAUGGAGAACCGCAGUACUACUCAGGUUGCUCUUCCAUUGAUGAAGAAGAACCGCCGUUUUGAUGGUCCGGUGACUUGUGUUUUGAAGGUGCAUUGUCCAGGUUGUCUUGACGAAAUAACGGAAACGUUGCACAAAAUAAAAGGAGUAGAUUUCGUCUUCAGCUUCUCAAAAUAUGGACCUCAUGAAUGGGAAGUAAAAGUUUUUGGUGAUAUAGAUCCACUCACAAUCACGAACACAGUAUUGACAAAAUACAAGAGAACAGUUACGCUUUCGGCCUACGAGGACUUUCGUCGUCCCCAGAAGAAACCAGCUGGGAUUUUGCAGCGACUGGUUUCCGUUUUCCAAACUUUUUGCGACGACUUUUGA